AUGUCACUCACUACGCGCCUCUCAGUCCUUCUCACCCUUAUCGCCCUCACAAUCUCAGCCCUAGCCGCCGACAGCAUCCUCCCCACAUCCGCCUCCAGUAAAUUCCCGCAAUGCGGCCUGGCCUGCACCACCCUGACAACCGCGCAGACGUCCUGCCAAGCAGGCGACGCCUCAACCUGGACCUCAUGCUUCUGCCAGUCGGCCCUGCUGACCGGCCUUAAAUCCUCCGGCAGCAUCUGCUCCUCCUGCGCCGCCGCCGACCAAGCCACUCUCUCAACCUGGUACAACAACUACUGCAACUCCGGUGGCAAGGAUACGUCCGACACCGACACUGCGGCCGACACCGGGGCUACAACAACCCAAACCGCAGCCCAACCAGCCUCUACACCUGAUACCUCGAAAUCCGAAUCUGGCUCCAGCGCAAAUACGAACAAAACCCCCGCCGCUACAGAGAAGAAGGAGUCAUGGUGGAGUUCCCACUACCGCUGGGUCAUUAUGGUCAUCGUGCUAGCCAUCGGAUUCAGCAUCAUCGCCGUCCUCGGCGUAUGGUUCAAGCGUCGAUACGAAGCGAAACGGCCACAUCUGUACGGCGGAGGCAGCAGCGGUAUGCUGACAACUUCCCCGCCCGCUCCGCGCGAUGCCGCCUGGGGUCCGGGCCCGGCACCGCUGCCUGUGCGCGGCCUUGCUGCCGACUCUCUCGCUAGUAGCUCGCGCUCUACCGUGGCCAAGACUAGCAGUCCUGUUCCUGGGACUCGGACACGAUUGACCAAGAUCGAGCAGGGCUCUGGGGAUGUGGAGAUUCGGCAGGUUUAA